GACGUUUAAAUACACAUCAACACUGAAACACAUUUCGCAAUAUUUGUUACUCCGUGUGCACAGUGCACACAUUCAAGCGAUGCAAGCUUGCGUGAACUUGUUUUUUACAAGUAACCUGUAGUCUAUAACCAGCAAGAACGAGACUGGGAAGAUGCGUGUUGACACAUUUGACAGCUUUGACACAAUAACGCACCCGCAGUCAUCUGUUGGGCUGAGGUCUGGAGGAGUGUGUGUGAGCAAGAGUGAGCGUGAGUGAGAGGGCGUGAGAGUGAGUGAGUGUGUGUGCACGUGAGAGCGAGCGAUGCAGGACCAGCAGAAGCAGCGUUCCCUCUCCACAUCGGGAGAAUCGCUCUACAUUGUGCUCGGAGUCGACAAGAAUGCUGCGCCGGAGGACAUCAAAAAGUCCUACAGGAAACUAGCGUUGAAGUACCACCCGGAUAAGAACCCGGAUAACCCCGAAGCAGCGGAGAAGUUUAAGGAGAUCAACAAUGCGCACGCCAUCCUGUGCGAUACCACCAAGCGCAACAUCUACAACCAGUACGGCUCGCUGGGGCUCUACGUGGCAGAACAGUUCGGAGAGGAGAAUGUCAACACCUACUUCGUACUGUCCAGUUGGUGGGCUAAGGCCUUGUUCCUGUUCUGCGGCGUGGCCACCGGCUGCUACUGCUGCUGUUGCCUGUGCUGCUGCUGUAACUGCUGCUGUGGGAAGUGCAAACCGCGGCCACCGCCAGACAUGGAGCCCGAGUUCUACGUCUCCCCAGAGGACCUGGAGGCACAGAUGCAGACAGAGGACAGGGAUGGCACGAGCCCCAUCGUGAUGCAACCGUCCUCGGCCACAGAGACGACCACGCUCACUUCAGACAGCCACCACAGCUACCGGACCGACACAGGCUACAACUAGAACCCCGGCAGUACCCUUCUAGAACCCCUACGCAACACUCUAGAACCUUUAGCCCAUAGCCAACCCACAGCCCACACGCCACUCCCUCCCAUGAACCACUCCAAGACCCCCUUAACACACCGUACACCCACCCGACCCUGUCUCCCCAGCCCAAGACACCUCAAAAAACCAAACCGCCCUUCCUCAUAUUGAUCCCCUCUCUCCUCCCCCUACCCACGAUCCCCUGCUGUGGGGUUCUAGAACUAGAACAGGAAGGAUCUGUCCAAUCAGACUCUAGGGACGCGAGCGUUCAUGCGCCUGCUGGCUGUGAGGAGGGGGAUGGGAGAUGUGAGGCGGGAGCUCUGGAGUCGGGAUGCCAAGUAAUCUUCUGUUUCGUCUUCCUCUGCCUCUUCCUCUUCAUCGGCCUCCGCACGGAGAGUGCGAACAUAUCGGCGGCUUCUUUUGAAGGAUAAAAAAGGAGAGGUGUUUUAUUUGUUUCCUUUUUUUAACCUUUUACCUCCUGUUAAUCCACAUCCUGCUGUCAACCCUUUUAGCACACACACAUGCACACAUACACACAUACACACAUACACACACACUUACACACGUACACACGUACACACACUUAGACACACACUCUUACAUGUACCGUACACGCACAUGCAGACACACUGUGUAUACAUACAUCCCUGUAUAACUCAGUAAGUCAAGGUUUUUCUUUUUAGAAUGUAGUAUUUAAUUUUACAAUUUUUAAUUGUAUUUUUAAUAUUUAUGCUUUAUCCUUCUUUUGUUGUAUCAGUAUUGUUAUUAGUCUCUUGUGAUGUUUAUUUCCAUAUUUCUUUUCUCUCUCUCUCUCUCUCUCUCUCUUCUCUGUGGUGCCAUCUCCAAGUGCACCAUAGGAGAUGGAACUUGUGUGUGAUCCACAUGUACUAUCAGAUCCCUGUCUAUCUCUCCAACCCACUCUAAUAGUCCCACUGUAUAUGUGUGUCUUUGAUGGAAUCAGGCCCCUCACCAGCUGAUUGGGCUAAUGAUGUUAUACUAAUAGCCACCAUGUUAAUUAUAUUACAAUGAAGAUGACUGAUCAGAAGCUUUAGCUUCAUGAGCCAUUUACUGUACACUCACAUGUACACGGAAUUAGAAGGAAUGAUAGUGAUGACUGAUCAUAAUCAUGAUGAUAAUUGAUGGUAAUUAUGAAGGCAUAGCUGAUAUGUGACCUCAUUCCAGUGAUCCCCUGUCUAUUGUGGUCCCCCCCCCCCUCUACAGUGCAAUACAGUGCUGUUCAGAGGCCAUUGGUGUCUGUGAAGAUUCUCAUUCAGCCAGGUCAUGUUAAGUCAGUUAGACGGAAAUACGUAAGUUGUUAGCAACUGUUGUUAGCAAGUUGUUAGAAACACAUUUUAUUUUUGUAGUUGUAGUUUACGCCUUAAAAUACUCCGUCUGCACAGUUGAAAUACAAAACCUCUUGUGCAUUUCUUUCAAACAAAUUGUAUUGUGGUAGUCCUCUGACAAACUUUUCUUAUGUAUGCAUAGUGACAUAACAUGUUACAUGCAUACAGUUGUAUUAAGGGGGUAAAAACAACCAAAGGGGAUUGAUAAAGUGGAGAGACCAUGAUACAGUGGGGGUCACUGUGCUUUGUAGUCUCAUAAUGGCAUAAUGGACAGACUGCAAAACAUACAGCACAUCUUCAUAUUUUUUUACGCUUCUGGUUACAAAACUCACAAAAACUCACAAAUAAAGUAAAACUGGCUCUUUG